GUCACUUCUUUGUUUUGGUUUGGGUUGAAUUCCUACUUUAAAGUGAUAAAAUGUGUUUUUGAUUAAAUAAUCGCUUAUUUCUGAGUCCAAAUUUACGAACUACUCAAGUAACCACACUUCGAACGGAUCAGUAUCCCCACUUCCAGAAUGAAUCAGGCGGAGGUGGCCAAACUGAUGUCGCAGCUGAAGAUAGCUGUUCGACCCCGGCACCGUAAUCUAAAAAACAAGGAUGGACCAGAGGGCAGACUUGGGAAGCUGCGCAAAACCGUGACGGCACUGAUAAAGCACGAACGUAUCGAACUGAAUUACCAGCGAGCCGACGAAGCACGCGGUUAUGCCGAGCGGCUUAUUUCCGACGCAAUUCGGUAUGGUGACUGCCACCGGCCUACAAUGGAAAUGGCAGAUUUUUGGCUGGUGGAGAAGCAACUGGUGCACAAGUUGUUCAAAGUUUUGGCCCCACGCUACGAGCAGUACACGGUGUCCGUGACGAGGAUGUACAAAGCACCGAAGGACUACCCGGGCUGGUAUCGUCCACGGGCAGUACUUGAGCUCAGAGGGAAUCCUUAUCCACCGUUGGUGCCGAACGUUAACAGUAAUCGCUUUUUGCUGCAUAAUGUUUUGCUGGAUGAGGCGCAGAAGGAGCUUCGGAAGGAGAAGUACGCUGAAAUAGCGGAACAAAUUGUGGAAAAAGGCAAACAGGAGGAAAGUUGCAGUACUAAAUGAUUCACCAAAUAGUUAGUUAUAAAAUAUAUAGCGUUGAAUGAAA